CGUUGACGUUUGGAUCCGUUACACCGGCUGUCCGUUUGGAUGCUUUAGCAGCUUGAGUCCAUUAGCAGUCGUAAUAAUGGACAAAAGGUUGGACACAGAUAAUUUGGAAGUGCGUCUUCAGGCGCUGGAGAGUCAAAUUUAUGGCGAUAGAAGGAACAAAACUGGAAAACCAGUCAAGUGUGCUGAGUCAUUGGCCAGGAUUCAAGCAGGUCUGACCAACACUGCCAACAAAAGAGAAAGAGUGAAGAUCCUACACAAGAAGAUUGAGGAUCUCAUGAAGUACCUGGACCCCCAGUUCACAGACCACAUCACUGUACCUGAUGCUGUCAAGCUGGAGUUCAUCCUCGCUGAGGAAGAUUUCUUGCUUUCCCAGGCUGCUUUGCUCGAGCAGGUUAGCAACUUACAGCCAAUGCUGGACAGCACCUACAUCAGAGAUGUCCCAGAACAUGCCACCAAGCUGCAGCGUCUGUCACAGAUUCACAUCAAAGAGCAGGAUCAAACCGAUGCUCAGUCCCUGGAGGUGAAGAAACUUUUUGAAGAAUACAACAAAAUGAUGUUCCUGCUGUCCAAGCAGUUCACCCAAUGGGACGAGACGCUGAGGAAGCUGGAGGAGGCCAAGGGCAUCCGGCCCGUGGAGUAGCUGCUCUUAACGCAGACAUGUAGACACUUCUAAUGAGGAUGGUGAUGAGGAAGAACACUCCAUCGUGGUGGGAGAUCACGUCAGACCAGAGUUGAUAUGUAGCUGUUAUUUUAAGGUAACUCAGAGCAAAAUAUGAGACAAAAAAAAAGGACAGUUUGGUUGUAACUGCUUUUAAAAUCGUCCAACAAAAUUAAUGAGUCUGGUCAGAUAAGAUUAAAGGGAUAUUUCGGUAUUUUUUUAAAUUGGGUUGCCCAGUGCAGCCAACAUCUCUGGAGGCUAAUAAACUAUUUACUAGUACUUAAUACAUCCCUAUUUCUAAAGUGUAGAAAUGUCCCAUCAAUAAAUUGAUCCAACACACACAUAUCAAACUUGGUCUUACUAUAGAACUGAAGGAACUCUGUCUCAUGUGACUCUUCAUCACUGGCCUGGAGGAACUCAUCACGAGAAUUGGGUGGCUCAUGCAGCUCUAAGAUGCUGCUGUUAUUUAUUUAGAGACAAUAGAGCUUUUUAUGCUUUGAUAUUGACUUGUAAAACAUUCCUACACCGCCUCUUUACUGCAUAGCCAGUCACAAGACUUCUUUCUGUCCCCCACACUAACACGCUUCUUCUUCAAGGCUUUAGAUCCUCCCUAAGAACUCCAUGGUCUGUUAGAGCCAAGAUUUUAUUCCAUUAUUCUGGAUUUAAGAGUUUUUAUUUAUCUAAUGUUUCACUCAGCACAACAAUAAAUAUUUCUGUUUUCUUUGACUGUA